AUGCCUGAUAAAGAUAUUGCAGAGAUAUCUGGAGAUGCACAAGCAGCAUCUCCGGCAGUAGGUGAACGACUUCCCUACAAUGAAUACACAACGAUCGACUGGAUGCACGAGCUGAUCAAGGAUUCCGUUCGUCAUCGACAUCUCUCCUCAAAGAGCAGAGUGUUCGAAUCGCUGCAAGGGUGGCUAGCUGCAGCCCUCAUUGGAUUCUUUACAGCGGUAGUAGCUUAUAUUGUUGAUAUCACGCAAGCCUCUGUGUUCGACUGGAAAGAUGGAUACUGCUCCACGUCGCCGCUCUUAGAUAAAGGGAGUUGUUGCAAGGUAUUUGAUGAGCUUGAGGGUGGGUGUAGUGAUUGGAGGGAAUGGACGGAUGGUUGGGGCAAAGGACCAUUGUAUUUGGCUGUAGCAGCUUCGUAUGGAGUCUUGAGUGCUGGAUUAACAAUGACGACAAGGCAUGUGUUGCCAAGAGUUGAUUGCGAUAAAAGUGACACGAAGAUCAUUGGCUCUGGAAUUCCGGAGAUAAAAACUAUCCUCUCGGGUUUUGUGAUCAAGGGGUUUUUGGGCUUUAGGGUUUUGUUCAUCAAAGCUACCGGAGCGGUUUUUGCUGUUGGGUCAGGGAUGUGUCUUGGGAAAGAAGGCCCCUUUGUGCAUAUAUCUGCGUGUGUUGGCAAUAUAGUUGCCCGGUUAUUCCCAAAGUAUAGAGAUAAUGCUCGUAAGCAGAGGGAGAUAAUAAGUGCAUCAUGUGCAGCCGGUCUGAGUGUAGCUUUUGGAGCACCUAUUGGAGGUGUGUUGUUUAGUUUUGAGGAAAUCAGCACCUAUUUUCCCCGAAAGGUUCUUUGGCGAUCCUUCUUCUGUUCUCUCAUAGCAGCUGCAACACUGAAGCAAUUAAAUCCUCUCGGAACAGGAAAAUUAAUUCUCUUCGAAACAUCCUACAAAACCACUUAUAGUCCUCUGGAUUACCUUUUCUUCGUUUUUCUUGGUAUAUCCGGUGGAGCCUUUGGCGCUGCAUUCUGCAAAGCAAACUUUUUAUGGUCCAAGAAGUUUCGAAAAAUUCCAGUCAUAAGAAAUCACCCGGUUCUUGAGGUUUUCGCCGUGGUUGCUUUAACCGGGAUUCUUCAAUAUCCCAAUCCUAUAACCAGACAGGGAGGUGAUAGUUUGAUAAAAAGUAUGCUUGUUGAGUGUACCAAGGACUCGAAAGAUUGGCUUUGUUCGGUUGAAAAGAAUGACCCGAGAGCUGCACGUAUGUGGCUUAUCUAUGGGGUUUUCACAAAGUUAUUCCUUACCACAAUCACCUUCGGCUGCAAGGUCCCUUCCGGAAUCAUCAUCCCAGCUUUAGACGCUGGUGCUUUGUUCGGGAGGCUCGUGGGGCUUUCGGUCAUAGGUGCUUCUCCUGGCAUCUUUGCGAUGGUUGGAGCGGCGGCAGCGCUAGCUGGAGUAACACGAAUGACGCUAUCUCUAUGCGUUAUUAUGUUUGAGUUGACGGGAGAGCUGGAGUUCGUUUUGCCGCAUAUGAUAGCUAUUCUCGUUGCCAAAUGGACAGCAGAUUCUCUAGAAAAGGAGGGGAUAUAUGACCUUGCGCAGAUGAUCCUAGGGCACCCGUUUCUUGACGCCGAAGCUGCUAUCUCAGCGGCUAGAAAGGAAGACGCCUUGGUGAGAAAGCUGAUACCGCCAAAGCAAACGAUGGAAGAGAUAACUGUGCACCUGGGCAGUGACGGGUGCGUAUCGAGAGACUUGUUGGAAGGAAAAUUAGCCCUUCUUCGCAGGAGAGGUUUGAUGGAUGCUGGUUUGGUUCUAGUGGAAGAUAGAAUGCUAAGAGGCUAUAUCAGUGAGGGUGAGCUCGAGUUUGGUCUGGGGAAAGAGCUGGGCUGUAAUAGCGUGCGCUUAAUUUGCGAUGGCGAGGACGUAACGCAAGAGGACACGCUGGACCUAUCGAUGUUUGUGGACCAAACUCCUAUGGUUUUGAGCGAACUAGCACCUAUGGAAUACGCAGUUGAGCUGUUUGGGAAGUUGGGUCUGAGGUAUGUCUGCGUGACCAGGGAAAGGACAGGUGAGUUGAUAGGUGUUGUUAUUAAGAAGAGAUUGGUUGGGUACCUUGAAUCCAUAAGAUCCAGUACGAAUUAA